AUGAAUAUAUUGUUUGGACUUACUUUGUCAUUUUUAUUACAAGUCCAGUCCAAUUUUUCCCGUCGUUACAAAAGAAUAUGUGGUGAUAAAAUAUUCUCAAAUGAUCAACAUUAUUCCAAUAUAUUGGAUAACAUAAAUAUAUAUCCAGACUCAGACUAUCUUGAAAAUGAAGUUGAAACAAGUACAUUCGACAAUAACUGCGAUUGUAACCGUCACUUACCACCAUGUGAUAGGCCUUCUACCUGGCGUACCACAAAUGUACCAAAUGUACCAACAAAACCAAUAAAAACUACACCAAAGUCUACAACUCCAAGAUCUACCACAAUUCGGCAAACCACCGAAAAGUCAACGUACUACGUUACUAUACCAACCGUUCCUACUUAUACUAGUACUGAACUAACUGUGCCUUCUUCUUCUCAUUCCACGACUACCACUACAAGGACAACAACCACUACAACUGCUGCUAGUACAAUUCCUGAUAUUUAUUUUCCUACUACUACUGAACCUUAUACAUUUUAUCCAACUACCACGACAGAAAGUCCAAGAGAUGAAACAACCACAACCACAAUUACUACAACUGCUGCUAGAACAACUACUGAUAUCUUUUUUCCUACUACUACUGAGUCUUAUACAUUUUAUCCAACUACCACGACAGAAAGGUCAACACAUAAAACAACCACUACAAUCGCUGCUAGAACAACUACUGAUAUAUUUUUUCCUACUACUACUGAGCCUUAUACAUUUUAUCCAACUACCACGACAAAAAGGUCAACACAUAAAACAACCACUACAACCGCUGCAACAACACCUACUACAACCGCUGCUAGAACAACUACUGAUAUUUUUUUUCCUACUACUACUGAGCCUUAUACAUUUUACCCCACUACCACAAGUCCAGAAGAUGUUAAAAAAAAUGUAACUGAGGUGACAACAACAGUGUCAACAGCUACAACUACUCGAUGUGAAGAAGUUGAGGCAGGUGAGAAAAAUACCACUUCUGAUGAAAAUAUUACUAAAGUACCAGUACAAAAUAACACUCAAUCUGAAAAUAAAACUGAUGAAAUACCUCCACGACCUACCAGUGGUAGAACGAAAAAUAUUAAUGAAAUUCCGACGAACGAUGAACUUUGUGAGGCUAAUCCAAAUUUGAAGAAUAAUUGUGUAAGACCAAAGACAUGGUUGACAACUGUCAAAGGUGAAACUAGAGAUUUCUUUAGAAUUCUGCAGACUUCGACACCUAAAUAA